UUUGUCGUAAUGCCCGAACACCCAUGCAGAAACGCAAACGCCGAGGAACCGCCAUCGCGACCUACAAAAAAAUUAAACUACUGAACAAAGCCCCCAACAAUGGCUGACUCACUGCCCAGUCCACUCACCGAUUAAUAAAAUUUGUGUAUUCAUUUCAAUGAUGAAUGAUACACAUGAUGGCACUGAAGAUGGACACAUUGAUGGGGCCUUAUUAGCACAGGGUGCCUAUGAUGUUGAUGGAGAAAAUGGUGGUCUGGGAUCACCUGAUAUGGAAGAUGAGAAACCUGCAGAUGAACCUCUCAGAGAACAGGAUAGAUUUUUGCCUAUUGCUAAUGUGGCAAGAAUAAUGAAAAAGGCUGUGCCCUCUUCAGGAAAGAUUGCCAAAGAUGCAAAGGAAUGUGUACAGGAGUGUGUAUCAGAGUUUAUCAGUUUCAUCACAAGCGAAGCUAGUGAGAGAUGUCACCAAGAAAAGAGAAAGACAAUAAACGGGGAGGAUAUUUUAUUUGCCAUGUCUACAUUAGGUUUUGACAACUAUGUGGAGCCACUCAAGCUGUACCUGCAAAAAUAUAGAGAGUGUUCUAAAGGAGAAAAGAAUAUGGGAUCCCUUCAAGGCCCAGAUACUAAUGAUGAAUUGUCAGAGGAUAUGUUAACACAAGUUGCAAGUGGCAUGUUAACUGAUCAGAAUGGACAACAGAGCAUCAUUUACACAACAGCUUACCCAGGACAGCUACAACAGCAAUUGAACUUUGGCUAAAAGAUUCUGCACUACCACAUUCAUUUUUCUUGAUUGUCAUUUUUUUUCUUGUUAGACUAGCUUAAAACAAUUGCUUUCGUUUUCUUGGCUUAGUUUAAAAUUCACUUUAAAGCAAAAUAUUACUCAAAAUUGCUACAAUUUUUUUUUUCAAUAAUUUUUUAUGGUAGAUAGUGGGUGGUCAAAGUAGCUGUUGCACAGCAUUCUUCUCCACAUUUUCUGUUUUAUUCAAUUAAACAUUUUAUGUUGUAUGCUACUUUUAAAAUUUGUUUGUUACCUCAAAGUUCUGCUGUACAGUUUUUUUUUCAUUGGUGUAUAAGAAAUGCAAUGUUUUAACUUGUUAUGUUGUAUGCUGUUCAAGUUUUUGGUAACUAAUUUUUAUUAAGUUAAAAUAUGCUUGCAUCUUUAGGUGAAAAAUGUACAAUUCAAAAUUUAAAUUAUAUCUUCAUCACUUUCAUAACUGAAUUUCUGAUGCAGUAGUAAUAUUUUGCUCCGAAUUUUGAGAUUUGAUGGUUACAUACAUGGUUUUUUUGGUGUUUUUAAAAUUACCACCAUUAUUAUUAAAUUUGUAACUGUGAGAGUGAUAAUAUUUGCUCAGCAUUUGUUAUAUUUUGAUGUAUUUGUGUUGUAAAAGUUUAUCAUGAGGUCAUCUAUGAUUUGUUCCUUCAAGUUAAAUAUCAAAAGUGUUUAAAAAAUUGUUUCAUUAAAUAUUUUAAAUAUAUCAUUUUAAAAAGAUCUCAGUUAAUAGAUUUCUUGAUUUCAUAAAACUUUUUUUAAGUACAGUUUUUAUAAUGUUUUUUGCUUAAGUUUGAAUAUAAUUUGAAUGAACUGUAAGGUAAGGAUAAGUUAAAAUGCUGAUUGUGAAAAUAUUUAUUUAAGUAGUUAACAGAUAAAAAUAUGAUGGAAAUGCUCAUUUUGUUCACAUUUUCCCAGAAAUAGCAGUUAAAAAACAAUGUGUUUUCUUGUCAGCUGGAGUGUGGAAAAGCCUACCUAUGUUGUAUUAUGCAUAUUGUUACUAUUCAAACUGUAUAAUAAAUCUCCAUUGUUAACAUUCUUUUUGUAAAUAGCACGUUUCUUCACUCCCUUUUUUUAAAAUUAGACUUGUAAAUAUGCAUAUACUUUGCAUGAACAUGUUAUUAAAAAUGCAUUUUUAACUGCUGUUGUACAUCUCAAACUACCAUAAAUUGUUUAGCUCAAUGAUUACCUUCCACAAAUCUUUACUGCAGCACAGUGUAUUAUGAUAAUUUGGUGUCAUUUUCUCCAUAGUUAUUGAAACUGAUAAUAGUUAUUAUGCUAUUGAUGCAAUCUUUUGAAACUCAUUGUUUUAAAACACAUCUCCAACGACUGUAAAUUCUUAUCAGUCUGAAAUUGAAUUUUUAUUAACCUUGUACAUUAACAAAUUUCUGCAGUAAAACAAAUUAAAUCAUUAAACUUAAAAGUGUAUAUUUUUUAAUUAAAUUAAUCAGUUUAAAUGUUUUCCCAUUGUCUGCCAUUCCAAGUGUAAAAAACUAAUACCAUGCACUUUCUUACAUACCUUUUGUUUCUUCUCAUGUAAAAAUAAAAAACUGUUUGGCAUAGUUUCCU